AUGGAUGUACCUCACAUUCAGAGGGCCGCCGGUCUCCGUGCCGGCAAUACGGCAUCCCAAGCUGCCAAAUCAAGGCCUUUGAAGCCUCCCGACUUAACACAAGAAUCAGCACGUUGGCCACUUCAGGCGGUGGACGACAACACAGCAGCAGCCCGGCAUCUGACGUCUUCUCAAUCACGACACAAAACCCCACGCGAAUUAGAGGUCUUCGGUCAUCCUUCCACCACAUUGGAGAGAAGCGUCCCUGCUACAUAUCACGCACCACUUCGCCCAAGACGUGGCCUUGACGACCCACCCUUCUCGAGAGACCCAUCGGCGCGCAGUUUCGAGGAGGACCAGUUGGCCCAUGAGCGCAGGGCACGCUCCUAUAGAGACACAACUUCUGAAAUCAUCUCACUAUAUGCGUCAAGAAAUGUGACGUCUCACAAUUCCACACUUUGCCGAAAUGAUGACGAUGCUUCCUCGACGACACCCCACGCAAGGGUUCCCACUAGCCAACGCCACACCCAGUCCAACAGUACUCAUCUUCGAAAUGCUUCUUGGCAGAAAUCAAGGACACCGGGGCCCUACCCUACGAGGCUACGACGCCCUGGAACAAGUAUCACCUCGCCGCCGAUGACGGAAGCUCGAGGCAGGGAGUACAGCAGAAUGGUCGAGGGCGAAAGGGGCCAUCAAAAAGUAGCACAUAAUCUCUACAAAACCUCGCUUGCUAACAACCAAAGACGAGCCCCUCCGCUAUCUCUACGUGCCGAAAUGAACAGGUCAUCUAGCUCACUACCAUCUAGAUCUUCACCAGGUCUGAAUCACUACAUGACAGCAUCGGGGCGCGCUAGAACGCCGAGUUCCACUGUGUCUUGGGCAUCAAGACCCUCUGAUCGGUACUACAUGGGCUCGAUUGACCAGAGCAGUAGAUCUGCGAGCUUGACAUCAAUUGUUGAGAUGUAUCAGCGCCCCAUGACAUCUAGCAGCACUUGCCCUGCCAUGCGGCCUACCGGCACCCUCUACUAUGAUUACUCUGAGGAUUUCAAAGACCCAGAUUCCGAGGAUAUCCGCCAGCCUGUCAUACCGCUUUCCCCUAUUCCCUACAGAGCCGGUGGCGGAACCAAGCCGACCAUCCUACAGCAAGAUCUACAGCUAAAGAUGCACGGUACUAUCGAUAACCCCCAUAUUCAGGGCUCCGCAUACUCUGGAUAUAGACGGGGCUACAGUAGGACUGACAGUAGCAUCGAAGACUCGUUCGAUUCAUAUCUUCAAGGUAGCCAUGACGACUCCAUUGAGGAAAUCGAGCGGGCUAUUGCGAAUGCAAUCUCCAAUGCAGCGGCAGACAAGCUAGUUGCAGCUUCAGAGCAUUUAACUGCGUAUACAGAUGCGUGCCGCAACAGACGAGAAGACAGCCAGACGAAGACGACAAACGUUGCCAACAUGUCUCGGCGACUACCUGCCACAGAGCGACAGUAUGGUUUGAAGACAGCAGCUCCGAAUUUGGAAAUGAAUAUCAACGCUAGACGAGCGUCUCAGUUGAGUUUGAACAAGAAUUUCAUGGCGCUAGAUCCAGCCUUUGCAGACUUUACCUCUUUACUUUCUUCAUUUGAGCGAUUGGCAAAAUCCCCGUUUUCACGACUCAGUGAUGAAGAUGAUGUUGAUGAACGACACAGCAGACGAAGCAGCAAGUUAUCGACGAUGGACACACUUGACGAGAUGGAAUCCAUGGAGAACCCACACUUGAAGCGUCAUCAGCGUAAUGUAGCCACCGCGCAGGUUGGCACUCCAGCACUGAGCUCCUGUGAAUCCCCGACUGAGCAUCCGUUGUCGUCAGGGGAGGGUGCAUUGAUCCUCACACCCGAACCUCUAUCCCCUCGCCGCGACAAAGGUUUCAAUGAGCCGCAUCUGAGAUUCAUGAAAGCACUACCACCUCUUCCAGCUGAGAUUCCUAGUACUCAUCUCACCCACGCGAACCAGAACUCUAGCAACAAGCAGGCUCAAAAUGCGGGUGCCAUCUCCCAGGCUCGGUCCUUGUCCCUCCGAAGCCAUAUUUCGCGCUCGGGUAGCCCGGGAAAGUUGAAGCUGCGUGUUCGGACGCCAUCCUCAUCUGGAGACAAUGACUUUGCAUGUGUAUCGGAUGGUGCCAAGCGGGAACGUCGCUCUGCUGACGAGUGCAGACCAGCCACCAGUUCAAGACCCCCUCCGAAGCUCAAGUUGAAAAUAUCACGAAAUCAGCUUGGCCAAGGUCGAAAUGCCCAGACUGAAUCAGUGAUUCGUAACAAUCGUUUAAAGCAGUGUAACGCACUCGCCGACGUGGCACAGCCACCACGCAAUGAUGUCGAAAAGAGAAUAGAGAAAAGGAAAGACGAGGCGAGAUCAAAGGGGCCGAACGAAAAACAGGAACCGUUGGUCACAAACGUCGACCCGCGGGAAAGUAGAGUCGGAUCGUGCCAAUCGUCGGACCAGUUCAACCUUUCGUAUCCACCGACCUCAGUCGAGAGUGUAGAUGUCAUGUUGCCACGACUGGAACCCUUCCGUGAAUCAGUCGAGGAGGUUCGAGCCGUGCAGCCAGAGACUAGUGAAACAGCGGCACGCCGUAUCAAGCCAAAGUUCUCGCUUCUACGACUACGGCCAGCGAACCACGCAGGACCAGCAACGCUGACGAAGCCUGCGCCCUGUCAUGCUUGCACUCAGAGCGAACCCGAGGCAAAGACGGUGGACAAGAAUAUCAUUGUUGCCUCGACUAGUCAGUUUGAUUCGACUGUGACUGAGAACCGCGUUGGAAGUGUGUCGGUCAAGUCGGAACGGGUAGGCAAUCGAGUCAAACGGUGGGCUACGGACGCCAAACGUGUGGUUCGGUCAUAUGUCAGGCGUACACUGAUUCGGACUCCCAAGAGCGCAAAAGUGUAG